AUGGAUUUUGAGUGUGAUAACGGGUUAAGGUUAACAAGGUAUUUGGAUGAGAACCUUACUCUGACUCAAAAGGUUUUGAAGAAGUCAAAGUAUUCUCUUCUUCACCAUAUCCCAUCACUAGGUUUCCGGAAGAAAUUGAGAAGGAUUUUUAGGACAGGCCUUUGGAGGGUCGAUGAACCAAUGCUGUUUUACGUCUCCCAAACUACUGGUCAACAAAGAUUUUGGGAUCACAUUCUGACGUUGUACACGAACGAUGAUCCAUCUUGUUUGGAUAUGUCACCAGAGGAGGAACAGCACAUGGAAUCUUUAUUCGAUAGAGAGACUCCCAUUCUUUCAUUAUAUGGACUGGAUUCUUUACAAGAGAGCAUGUUCAUUUCAUGCUACAUACCAGAAGGAUGCAGAGAUAUUUUUAGAUGGGCCGAUUCAGACUGUUAUGAAGCUAUUUUCAAGUCGUCUAAUACCUCGGUACGUAAAACCAUUUAUCCAAGACGAACAUUUUUGAAACGGUACUAUCCGCCCUGGCUGACUAACUGUCUCCCAGCAUCCUCAUAUUCAAAUGUUCCAUUCCCAGUAUUUUUCUUUAAAUGUCAGAAAAAAACUGCAGUCCUUUACCGAGACCUUCUGUUAGUGUAUAGACGGAGGGCAAUAGUUCGUGGGCUUGAACCUACGAUAGGCAAUAUUAUCGAUAUAUUUCGUAACCCACCUUAUGAGAUUCUAAUUUAUUUUUCGAAAGAUGGAAAUAUCCAGUACAUGCCAGUUUAUCACGAUAACGAUGUGACAGUGCCAGAAAUUGAAUGCUACCAGAAGGUCUUUCUAUGGAAGUUGGACAUGAUGACGAGGAGAAAGACAGGGGGCAUUCUUGGCUUUAUAGAAAGUUGCCGCAGCAAGAAGUAUGAAUUUGGUUUGGAGUGCUUGAACUUUGCGACAUUUGAGGAGUUCACCAAACGUUUCGAUUGUGUUAGCCCUGAGAGUGUUGUUCUUGAUAGCAUUUUCACUGACUCUGACAUCCUCUAG